GGGGACCGGAGGAGGUUCCCCCGCUGCUGCUGCUGCUGCUGCUGCCGCCGCCUCCUGCUGCCUCCGGUCCGUGCUCCGCUUCAGUCUGCAGACUCCGCCGCCGCCGCCGCCUCGUCUCCCCCGUCGAGCAGGAGUCCGCUCACAGCGCACACGGGACCCGCACAGCCGCCCGCUGCCACCGCGACGCACUUUGCGACGCAAUUUAGCGCAGAGAGAAAAAGGGAGGAAAAAAAGAACCAAAAGCAGAUAAGACACCAUGGGGAAAGGCUGCGUGACAGCGACCAAGUACUUCCUGUUCCUCUUCAACCUCGUCUUCUUUCUGUUCGGGGUCGUUAUCAUGGGCUUCGGACUGUGGCUCCUCCUGGACAAUCAGAGCUUCAUCGUCGUCCUGAAUAACUCCACACCCGUUAAGGUGGCCUGCUACAUCCUGAUCGGAGUCGGGGCUUUCUCCAUGCUCAUGGGCUUCCUCGGCUGCUUGGGGGCCAUUUAUGAGAUCCGCUGUCUCCUUGGCCUGUACUUCACCUGCCUCCUGCUGAUCCUCGGCGCUCAGGUGGCAGCCGGCGCGCUCAUCUACUUCCAGAAGGAUGUGUUGAACGAGGAGACGUCCAAGAUCGUCACCAAGGUGCUGGAUACGUACCCCGGCAACAACUCCACCACAGAGCAGGCCUGGGACUUCAUCCAGAGGAAUAUGGAGUGCUGUGGCUGGAGCAGUCAUCUGGACUGGAACGGCAACAUGGUCAUCGUCAACAGCUCCCGGCUGCUGUUCCCCUGCUCCUGCCAGAACAUCUCGCUCGCCGCCGGGAACUUCUCCGACAGCGGCUUCUGCGAGGCUCAGACGCCCGACUGGCCCGUAUACGACAUGGGCUGCGGCGCCAGCGUGGAGAGCUGGCUCCUCACCAACCUCGGGGUCGUGCUGGGAAUCUGCCUCGGAGUGGCCGUCGUUGAGCUGCUGGGCAUGAUCCUGUCCAUCUGCCUCUGCAGGAACGUUCGCACAGAGGAUUACACCAAAGUGCCAAAGUACUAAAGCCCGAUGGAGGAAGUUAGAUGGUUGAACUUCAGAUGCACAGAAGGAAAGAGGGAGUAAGAAUAAUGAGUUUUCCGCCCUGUAUGUGGUGAAACAUUGUGUCCAAAUGUAAAAUAAUGUGUGUCUGCUUUAUAUUUUGUUGGAUUUCCUUCUUUUGAGGCACUUCCGUCUUUUUUUUUUUUUUUUUUUUUUGUCAGUCCAGUUUCUUUGGAGCACUUUAGAGACUUUUUAGUUUUGACCUCUUGGAUCAGAGAGCGAUGCUGAAGUGUUUGUGAAAUUUUGGAUCGGAGGAACUUUGAAGGAAAUGAGUUGGUAAAGUCAGAAGUGAUGGAUGAGGAGAGAGAGAGGGAAACGUGAGGUCCAAGUUCCUGCCCUGCCCCGUACAAGCUCUCAGGCUCAGAUAACGGCGUCGCUGGUUUGGUCUGUUUCUCUGUAAAUUGUCGCUUCUCGGUUUUAGUUUCCCUAGAAAAUCUGAAGAGAAAUCGUGUUUGUCUGUAAAGACAAAAGAAAGCUAAGUUUUUGUUUUGUUUUUUGAGAUUCUGCACGACAUCUGAUUUGGACAACUGGAAAAUCCACCUAGUGGUGAGUGGUAUUUUGUUUUUUUUUGUUUUAUACACCAGCGUUUUGAGUUUUUUGUGAAAUGUUUUUAGUACUUUGUAUAUAAUUUUAGUCAUUAUUUGUGUGACUUUAAAUCCACAUAUAUACUGCCAGUGUUUUCUUUAGUGGCUGGUCUCUCCCUGAAUUUUUUUUGUUUUGUUUUGUUUUCUUGUAUUUUCUUAAUUUUGAAUUGUCAGGAUUUUGUUCUGGAAAUAAUAGAAAUAAUGAGAUACUAAAGAGGAACAUUCAUGAUACUUACUAAAAGUAUCACCUUCAGGUUACAACUGUCCUUUGACGAGCAAAAAUUAUUUUUUUUUUAUUUUUUUUUAAUUUUUUUUAAGAUAGCUUUAAUUUCAUGUACAAGCCCGUAUUCUACCUACCAUAACCUACAGUGUUUGAGGAGUGAAAUGAAACUUUUUAACCACUUUUGAAGUAUGUGAAAAGUAAAAAAAUUUACACAACAUAUUAUUUUGGAGCAGAAGAAAUAUUUUUUGAUGGGGAAGAUUCAUCUUGAAAAUGAAAUUUGUUUAUACAGAAAAUUCGUUUGAAAUCCAUUCAUGUACAAUUUUAACAUUCAGCCAAGAUGUUGUGUUGUUUUUAUAAUGUACAAAUCCCCUCUCCUGUUUUCCCUUUGUGUACAGUCUGUAUGAAAAACAUUCUACUAACCUUGUAAUGGUUUCUAAGACAAAAAGGGUACGUCUGUUUACAACUAGGUGGACUUGUGGUACUGUAGCUAGCUGGAUUAGUAAGUGUGUGCUCACAACAUUCAUUCUGUUUCAUUUUGCCAAUAAACAGAUUACAGAA